ACAUCUACAUGCAUGGCUCUUCACGCCGACGCUGCACAUAUAUCAUCGCCUCACUCACUCAUUUGGCACCAGCUCACAAUAAGAUCGAUCUUCGCUUGCCCGCCAGCAUCUGAAGCACACAAGAAGCGGAUGUCGGCAUCUGAAGAAACUCGGGGCAGCAUGAAGAAGAAGGAGAAGAAGAAGACGACGGGCUGCCUCGCGCCAAUCUUCGCCGCCUGCGUCCCCUCCGCCAGGCAGCAGCCCGGCGGCGACGACGAUGCCGCCAGGAGCCGCCUCAGCUUCUCGUUCGCGGAGCAGAGCCAGCCCGAGAGCAUCAUCGACCCGGCCGCCUCGGUCGUGGCCAGGAAGGACGGCCGGCACCAGCAGCAGCCGCAGCACUGCGCCGUCAUCGUCGGCACCAUCUUCGGGAGCCGCAGCGGCCGCGUGACCUUCUGCGUGCAGCGCGACCCGGCCGUGCCGCCCCCGUUCCUCUUCGAGCUCUCCGUGCCCAUGCAGUCCCUCGCCGCCGAGAUGGCGUCCGGCCUUCUCCGCAUCGCGCUCGAGUGCCACCGCUCCAGCGGCAGGUCGUCCGCGCCCGGUGCGGCCGGCGAAAAUGCUGCUGCUGCCGGCGGCAGCUCCCGCCCGAGAAACGUCUGGACGGCGUCCUGCAACGGCCGGGACGCCGGACAUGCCGUGCGGCGGCCGCCGACGGAGUGGGAGCGGGGCGUGCUGGAGAGCAUGCGGACGAUGACGGCCGGCGUCGGGGCGCUGCCGGCAGCCGAGCCGCAAGAAGGGAUCAGCGAGGAGGUGAUGUAUAUGAGGGCGACCUACGAGAGGGUGGUGGGCUCCAAGGACGCGGUGUCGUACCAUCUCAUCAGCCCACGCACCGCCGGCGAUAGCCCGCCGCAGGAGCUCAGCCUCUUCCUGCUGAGAACCAGAGGGGAUUGAGAUUCACUGUCUGUGUGUACGCAGUGACAUUCACUGACAUGCGUGUAACGUGCAUGUGCUACUCCCUCCGUGUUAACAUGUAAAUAUUUCUGUUGUAAUAGUCUGGCACGUCCAGCCCUAGAAUUUAGGAUCUCAACUAAUGCCCUGGCCUGCGUGCCUACUUCCUUGGGCUUUCUAUAUGUAAUGACUGUUGUACUGUAACCAGAAAUCAAGGGCAAUCAUUCUAUUGUCUAAUUUGGUAUCAGUGUCUCCAGGUCUCUCCAUGGCCGAACACUCCUCUUCCUCCUCCGCGGCCACCAUGCCCGCCUCCUCGCCGGCCUCCCUCUCCUCGACGGCCUCCUCCGGCUCGUCCUCGGCCACCGCCGCCGGCAC